CACUCCCACUUGGCGCUACUGACAUUAAUCAUCGAAAAACUUGUCUUCUUAGAAAAACUUUUGCAAAUUUUUGAUUAGAAGUAUGUGGAAAAUAUUGGAAAUGUCCGGUGAAAAGUUUUUUAUAAACUGCACUUUAACCAACGACGAGAAGAUAAUGUGCGUUUUAUUGUCUCUAAAUAAGUGCUGGUUCGCAACGUUAACGGAUGACGAAAUCAAACAAAAAGUCGAGUUAUUAAACAAACGUAUGGAAUAUAAUAAAUUCGUGAAAAAUACUUUAUUAAGCGGCGAUUUAGCACAAGCUUCUAUAGAAGAAUUGGCACAAACAAACAUAAGUGAUGGAGUAAACAAACGUUUAUUGAAAUUAAAAUAUCGUAUAGAAGAAUUGCCAUUUAAAUUCGAGUGGUCUUUAACCCAAGCGUGCACGGAAGAAUUUCAGCGUAAUUUUUUUCUUCUUCUGCUUCUAGCUGUUGACGGUUACAGGCAACAAGUGCAGGAACUAAAGUCAAUAAUACAGAAAAAAGAUGAGGAAAUUAAACAAUAUCGUGGAGAAGGUUUCACUUUACGUAGGACUACGGUUCUCACCAAGCCGUUCGAUGCUGACGACUUCAAUAAUAAGCGCAAGGAUCGCAAAUGUGUAAAUAACUUUGAAGAUUUAUCAAAAUGUGUUUCAGCACUCCAAGGUACUCAUCAAUUAAGUAACGCUGUGUCAAGUAAUGAACUUUCGGAUUAAUCUUUGGUGCGCUGAUAUUUGUUUUUCCAGAUUCUUCGAAUAUUUCUUCAGUAAUGUUGUAAUCCGUCCCGCUCUUUGUCUCUUCAUUUGUUUUUCGCCCUUUUGCCAG